GGACGCCAUUUUGGAUCUUGUACCGGGAGUAUUGUGCGUACACCCUUACGUCUACUGUGAGCCAACAUGGACGAUAAGACUCCUCAGUUUCCUACCAUGUGGAUAACGCAGAACGUCGCUCUGCGUGAACUCGUGUCUGUUUCCUGCGUGCUGUAGUGGAGCGGCAUGGCUUCAUCUGCGAAGAGGCGAGCUAUUGAAACGAGACUAAACCCUCAAGACAGCGAUGAAAGCUCGGACGAGGGUCUGGAAGACUCUGGCGACGAGGACAAUGAAGAUGCAGAAGAAGAAAUAAACGAGGAGGUUAUCGUGGACUUUGAGGCACACACGAUAUCUGACAACGACUUUCAUGGCAUUAAAACCCUUCUCCAACAGCUGUUCCUGAAGUCUCACGUGAACACAUCUGAUCUGACGGACAUCAUCAUCCAGCAGAAGCACAUGGGCAGUGUCAUCAGGCAAGCGGAGGUACCGGAGGACAGUGAUGACGAGGGCGACCCAGACGAGGUGUUUGGAGUCAUCAGCAUGGUGAACCUCACCGAGAGACAGGGUGUGGAGUGUCUGGAGAAGCUGAAGGAUAUGCUUCUAGAGCAGUGUGCCAAAAGCAGCUCCCCGGAUGUUCAGGAGCAGUUCGAGCAGCUGCUGCUGGGUAACGGACACUCUGUCGGGCUGCUGCUGAGUGAGAGAUUCGUCAACGUCCCGCCACAGAUCGCCCUCCCCAUGCACAAACAGCUUCAGAAGGAAAUGGCCGAAGCACAAAGGACCAAUAAACCCAGCGGUAAAUGCCAGUUCUGCCUGAUGAUCAGUAAAACCUGCAAACCAGUCAAGAAGAGCAGAUCUGGUCCAGCUCAACCCAAAGAGGAGCUGCUGUUUGUGAACGACGAGGAGGAGUUCUUCUAUGAGCAAGCCACGCUGAAGUUCAGCUACUGCGUUCAGGACGAGGCUGAUUCCUGUGCGACGGGAAAGUGGUCUUACGACGACGUACCGAUGAAACCGUUCCGCACGGUGAUGGUGAUCCCGACGGACAAGAUGGGCGCCGUCAUGGAUAAAAUGACUGAAUAUCUGACCGUCUGAACCGUCCAACACUGAAUUCUUCUUGUUCUAGAAAAGAGAUGUUUAAUGUCCCAGGCCUUGAGCUUAAGGCGUAAUGUACAAACCAGUGAAAUCAUUUAUUUCUGUACAUAAUCAGUUGAAAUUACCCACAAAAUAAACAAGCCAAACAGGA